AUGACCGCUGGAACCGCUCUCGAGGAUCGCUUCGAGGUCCUCAAAGAUAUCGGAGAUGGCAGCUUUGGAAGCGUAGUACUAGCUCGAGUGCGGGCUGCCGGCUCGAGUGUGGCGAGACGAGGGACGGUGAUCGCCAUUAAGACUAUGAAGAAGAAUUUCGAAUCAUUCGCCGCCUGUUUGGAAUUACGCGAAGUCGUCUUUCUCAGCACGCUUCCCCCACACCCUCAUCUAGUUCCCGCCCUCGAUAUCUUCUUGGAUCCGUUUAGUAAGAAACUACAUAUAGCCAUGGAAUACAUGGAUGGUAAUCUCUACCAACUCAUGAAGGCGCGCGAUCAUAAGUGCCUCGACAUCUCGAGUGUAAAAAGUAUAUUGUUUCAGAUCAUGCAGGGCCUCGAACAUAUCCAUGCCAACCACUUCUUUCACCGAGACAUUAAACCCGAAAACAUUCUCGUCUCAACUUCAGGUCAACAAGAAACUGGUAGCUCUUUCCGCCGCUAUUCAGCCCUCAUGACGCCCCCCUCUACUCCACCUGCUUACACGGUUAAAAUUGCUGACUUUGGACUGGCGCGCGAGACUCACUCAAAGCUCUCUUACACCACAUAUGUUUCUACGCGCUGGUACCGAGCGCCCGAAGUCCUGCUCCGAGCUGGCGAAUAUUCGUCGCCAGUCGAUAUUUGGGCCAUGGGUGCCAUGGCUGUCGAAAUUGCAACCUUAAAGCCUCUUUUCCCUGGCGGUAAUGAGGUGGACCAGGUCUGGCGCGUAUGUGAAAUAAUGGGCAGCCCCGGCAACUGGCACAAUGAAUCUGGUGCUCGAAUAGGGGGCGGAGAGUGGAAAGAGGGAACCCGACUAGCGAGCAAGCUUGGCUUUUCCUUCCCAAAAAUGGCCCCUCAUGCUAUGGAUUCCAUUAUUCAGACUCCUCAGUGGCCUGCUUCGCUCAGCAAGCUCGUGACGUGGUGUCUCAUGUGGGACCCUAAAUCCCGGCCUAGCUCAACACAGGCACUUAUGCAUGAGUUCUUCACAGAUGCCACUGAUCCCCUUCGCCCCAAGCCUACUACCCCAAAAAUAUUAGGUCGCAAGCAUUCAGACAUCGUGCAUCGUAGUUCCAAAGACUUGUCCGAAUCUAUGCACGUGGUUGCCGGCAAGUCCUCGUGGUUCAGGAAAUCUUUUAUUGGACGAUCGGAACCUGCUCAUGAGCAUGGUCCUGUUCAAGGAAAAGAUAUACUACCACUGCGCGAAUCACCAUCACAAGCACCCCAGGUUAUGGUGGCCAAGACACGGGUCCCCCAAAAUAAACGAUCGACGUGGAACCACGGUCCAUCUAAUGGGGCUCCUAUUCUCAUACUUCCAACAAUUCGACCCAUAUCUCCCCUCUCCGAUACUGUCACAGCCCAGGCUAAUGCUCGAAAUGGUCUUAACCCCGACGAUCACGGCGGCAAAAAAAUUGGCCGUCAGCUAUCUAUUGCAUCAGUCAAUAACCAUUACACGGAAAUGCAUCGUCAAGAGGCUGAGAUGGCACUUAACGGCACGACUGGCCUAGUUUCUCCACCCAACGGCCAAAAGGAGAGCUUCUUUUCCCAUCUACGGAAACGGGCCCGCCGGUUUUCCGGACGCCAAUCCCAGAUUCCUAUUACUCCAAAAUCGAUGGAUAUUGAGCCUCAUGCAGGCUGUGGACCUUGGGCCAGUAAUAGAUCGUCGGUGGUGAUGGAUACAAAUCAAGCAACAAGCCCUAUUCACAAAUUCGAUACAAAUGAAGCUCUUGAUCGCGCCUUACGUAACGUACAACAAAGCCUCGAAUCUCCGCCUGGAGGCGCUGCACACUUCCCCUCGAACGGUUCAGCCGUGCAUACAACCUGUAUUCCGAAACGUCAUCACUCUCUUCCGCAACACGCCCGAUCAACUGAUAACUUGCGCAGCAUGGGUCGAAUGCGUCGCUCUCAGUUACCUGCAGGAACUUGUCAAUACGAAACUCCCGAGGAAGAAGAUGAGUUACGCGCUGCCGAGAUCACCCAAGACGACAAGGAGAGCAAGGCCAUAAAUCACGCCCCAGUUAGCACGGACCUACGCCGAACGCACGUUUCUCCAAGUAACCUGGGCCUUGCCAGCCCUUGUCUUACGCCUCUACCUUUGCAUCCUAUUCCCAUUGGGCUCGAUCGCUCGCAGUGUUCACCACCCUCGUCAGAGGCAGAUGGAAAUGAAUGGGCCUCGUCUGCUGCAGCUAGUAUUUUUGCCGUCUCGCGAUGUUUUUAA